AUGCUCUCUUCAUUAUGCAAAAAUGGUAAUAAAACAUUUUUAUCAUUCACAUCAUCACUUUUAAGAAAUACAGAAUCAAAAUUAAACUAUUCAACAAUAGCAAAGAAAAGAACAACCUUAUCAGUCAUUUUAACAGAAGAUGUACCAAAAGUUGGUCAAAAAGGUGAAGAACUUGAAGUUUCAAAGGGUUAUGCAAGAAAUUUCUUUUUUAUGAAAGGUUUAGCUGUUCAUGCUAACCACGAAAAUAGAAAAUUAUAUGAGGAUUUCUCAAAAAACAUUGAUUAUUCAAAACGUAAAGGAGAGAAACAAAAUUCAAAAGCAAUUAAAAAAAUUACAACAGGUGGAAAACUUUUUGUAAUGAGACGUCCUCAAGAAAAUGGCGAACCAAUAGAGAUCACAAAAGAUAAUAUUUCAUAUAGUUUAAAGAGAAGAAGAAAUAUUGUUAUUGAACCAGAGAAUAUCUUGGUUGAAAAUCCAAUCAAUUCAUUUGGCGACCAUAGUAUUACCCUUGUUUUUGGUGCUGAAACUCAAAUUCCAUUAACUCUUGCUUACAGAAAAUUAUAA